UGAAAGAAAAACAAAAAGAACAGUGACUAUAAGCAAAGAGGGUAAGAAGUACAGUUUAGAAAAAGAAAAGAAAGAUUCAAAUAUUGUCAAACAUUAUGUAAUGAAAUGACUGYCAUGUAUCUAAUGUAUCAAUCAAAUAUCGAUUGGUCAUCGAUUGUACAUGGCUUGGUUACCUAAAAAGUUUGUUUUCACGACUAGAAGGGAAUCACGCACGAUUCUCAAAACCAUGCAAAAUUUAGUUAAUAUGAUUUCUUUUGCAUAGAUCUAUAUCUCUUCACAAUGUACUACAAUUCAAUAUGAAAACAUUUUAAUUAUUACACGCUUCAUGUAUAGAAAAAGGGACUUUUAUGUCUUCAUGUAGUGGAAGUUUUCUUCUUCACCACUGACUGUCAUGGAGGACUACGAAGUUGUUCGUAUUYUAGGCGCUGGAGCUGGUGGAAAAGUUUUCCUUGCAAAAGAGACGGACUCUGGGAAAUAUGUUGCUAUUAAAGAGAUUACACUGGACCCCAAGAAAAAGACAAGGACGAAAGAAGCUGUUGAAAAGGAAGCAAAGAUUCUGGCUUCUCUAAAACAUCCACAUAUUGUGUGCAUGUUGGASUCYUUCUUUGAUCAGCAUGAAGAACAACUAUUCAUUGUGCAGGAUUAUUGUGAUGGUGGAAGCUUGUAUGAUCGUGUUUCAGCAGCAAUUAAGACUAAGUGGCACUAUUUCAGAAUACAUCGAGUAGUGAAGAUAGUGUAUUCCAAGACCGAAAUGCAUUGUUACGAAAAUCCUGGCCCCUCCCUUGUGAUUUAUCCCUUUUGUACAAUGCAUCUUAUUAAUCUGUCUGUCUCUCCAUUUGUCCCUCCAUCCGCAUUUUCAUGCAUCUGUUUAAUAAAUGUGAUUGUAAAUUCAUAUUUAAAGUGGUUUGUCCAAGUUACCAUGGCAGUACAUUACAUUCAUUUGAACAAGAUCCUCCACAGAGACCUUAAAACACAGAAUGUGUUUUUAACAAAGAAGGGUGUGGCUAAAAUAGGUGACUUUGGAAUAGCUCGUACAAUGGAAAGUACAGUUGAUAUGGCUAGAACAUGCUGUGGUACGCCAAGUUACCUCAGUCCUGAGCUUUGUCAAGAUGUACCAUACAGCUCUAAGGCUGAUGUCUGGAGUCUAGGCUGUCUGCUUCACGAGCUGUGUGCUUUGAAAUAUGCCUUUGAUGCUGAGAAUCUUAUUAGUCUUUACUAUAAGAUAGUAAAAGCAGCACCACAGAAAAUUCCUGAUAAAUACUCGGAGUCAUUACGUCAACUCGUUCUACAAAUGCURUCCAAGAAACCGGAUGACCGACCAAGUGCUGGUGUGAUCCUAAACAUGCCGUACGUCCAAGAGCAUCUGGCUUUGUUUAUAAAAGAAAAAGAAAACUUACAAGAGGCUCUUCAUGCAAGGAAACAUUUACAUCUUACCAAGUCGACAAGCGAUGACGUCAAACGGUGUGCCUCAGCUGUAGCUACCAGGCUCCAACAAGAAUUCGCUAUCAAGACACUGAAACAAAGAGCUAAGUCUGCCACACCUUCAAAGCUUGUUUCUAUAGCAACAAAUGAUUGUGAAGCGGAAGAAGACAACAAGGAAACCGGAAAUAGCGAGGAAAACCAAAAGAAAGACCAAGACGAAUGUAGUGAUUAUUCAGACGACUUUGUUGAAUCAGAAGACGAUAUUUAUAUGGACGAUUUUGAGGACGAUUCGCCUAUGAACGGCUCAUUAAAGAAACCGCUACCGACGGUCGAUAAUGACAAUGCCGAGGAGGACUAUCCUGAUGAUUUUGAGGAGGAUUCAGAUGCGGAGGAGGUUUUAGGUGACAUUCUAGCAAGCGCCAGAGCAGCCCAAGAAGUUGAAGAAGAGGAAGAAUUAGUAGAAGAUUGUGAAGAUACAGUUUCUUGUCGACAACGUUUAAAAGAACAUUUCAUAGAUGUUUUAGGCGGCGAAAAAGCCUUUGAAGACGUGUGUGGUCAAUUGGAAAAUUCAAGUGUUGAAAAAACACUGGCUGAACGCCCAGAAUUCGAGAAGGUUCAAUCGGGUUCCAAUUUAAUGGAGACAUGUUAUCUUGUUAAUGAGCUUUUUAUCGAAAAUCCAAAACCUGAAAAGGAAAACCAAAAGAAAGACCAAGACGAAUGUAGUGAUUAUUCAGACGACUUUGUUGAAUCAGAAGACGAUAUUUAUAUGGACGAUUUUGAGGACGAUUCGCCUAUGAAUGGCUCAUUAAAGAAACCUCUACCGACGGUCGAUAAUGACAAUGCCGAGGAGGACUAUCCUGAUGAUUUUGAGGAGGACUCAGAUGCGGAGGAGGUUUUAGGUGACAUUCUAGCAAGCGCCAGAGCAGCCCAAGAAGUUGAAGAAGAGGAAGAAUUAGUAGAAGAUUGUGAAGAUACAGUUUCUUGUCGACAACGUUUAAAAGAACAUUUCAUAGAUGUUUUAGGCGGCGAAAAAGCCUUUGAAGACGUGUGUGGUCAAUUGGAAAAUUCAAGUGUUGAAAAAACACUGGCUGAACGCCCAGAAUUCGAGAAGGUUCAAUCGGGUUCCAAUUUAAUGGAGACAUGUUAUCUUGUUAAUGAGCUUUUUAUCGAAAAUCCAAAACCUGAAAGUUGACAACGCUGAGAAGCAGGGAAAUGCGACAUUGAAUCAGCUAGUCACGUGACUAAAGGGACAAAUCAUGGAAUGACCAAGUGACUGAACGGGAGAGUUGCGUGACAGAACUAACUGCCACUCAAAGUAAGAGUUUAUUAACUAGCAAUCUUUGCAUUAGUCACGUGACUAACCUGACCAAUCAUGGAAUGAAUUAGCCCUGCCAAAGAAGGGAAAAGUCAUGAGUUGAAAAGUCACGUGUCUUCAAACCACAUGGUUACUGAAAGGAAGAAAUGAAAUCUAUGAACAUGCUGGUCACGUGGCUAAAAGGACCAAUCACUGCAUCUCCAUAUACUGGAUUGAAACCCCAUGAAGCGGGAUUAUUGGGAUUCAAGUAUAACAAACAUUUAGCCGUAUUUUUCAUCGAAUGCAUGUUGGAAAACUCUAAGUUUUCAAGUUUAAAUUUAUUCAGAUACGAUUCGUUCCGAGAUUCCUCUAACCAAACACUUGCUUUGCUCUCGGAACCCAUCUUCACGUAGGUAGACUAGAAUGAUUCCAUAAGUCGUGACCAGACAGACUGGUGAAAUCAGUCUAGUAGGUAAACAUGUCCGGAAUAGAUCUCCAGAUUUUUUGUCGCGCGUAGAUUGCUUUUAGAUUACCUGCAAAGAAGCAUUCGCAGAUUUAUACAUCCAGACCCGUAUUAACGGGUCCAUUGUCAGCGUUGUAAAACCAAGUGCAGUUUCACACAGUUUAGAAUAUGAUAUCUAAUGUACAUAGCGUGUGAUAUUUUUUUAAUAAAAAUGUAAUUGCACAUA